AUGGCGUCCAAAGCCAUCUUCUUCUCUUUCUUUGUUGUCUCCGCCGUGUGUUUGUCCUCUCUCGCCGGUUUUGCUUCCGCCGAUGCUGACGACUUUGAUCGUUUCCAGAUUCAGGGAUCAGUUUACUGUGACACUUGCCGUGUCCAAUUCGUUACCCGUCUCAGCAAAUUCCUCGAAGGUGCGAAAGUGAAAUUGGAGUGCAGGAGCAGAACAAACGGAACCAUAGCGUUGACCAAAGAAGCCGUUACCGACAAAUCAGGAAGCUACAAGAUGGAAGUAACAGGUGACCACGAAGAAGAAGUUUGUGAGCUCGUCUUGGUCCAAUCACCAGACAGUGGUUGCAGUGACGUCAGCCAUGAGGCUUACUUACGUAACGCCGCUAAGAUCAGUUUAACGGCGAAUGACGGAAUCGUAUCUAACGAGACACGUAUCGUUAACCCUCUCGGUUUCAUGGUUAAGACGCCGUUAGCUGAUUGCCCUGCUGCUUUCAAGGAGCUUGGUAUUGUCCCUGACGUCACCUUCUAA